AUGGAGACGUUUGAGCAGGAAGCUUUGGAGUACGUCCCGGACGCCGUCACGACCACGGAGCAACAGAAGGAAGAAGAGCUCCAGUUCCUUACGAGGGCCUUAGAGGCUACAGAGGCACAGCUGAAGGCCCACAACCGAAGGGUAGCAGCAACUGUGCUUCUGGCGAUGUUGGCCUUCGUCAUGCUCUUAUGCGCGGUGGGCUUCUUCAUGGGCCGCGUAGCCGUGGCUCAGGGCAUUCAGAACGCGCUUCGUGGGCCACAACUCACUGUGAAGCAGACGACGUUAUCCUUCAGGAAAGCCAAAGAGCUUGCCAAGGACUCAGUGGUCGGAGCAGGGAAUGCAACCAUUACUGGUCUGUCUUCUGCUGCCCGGCACACCUG